AUGAUGGAGCUGCAGAUAGACGAGGUGGUCUACCAGGACGACUACGGCUCCGGAUCCGUGAUGUCCGAGCGGGUCUCCGGUUUGGCCAACAGCAUCUACCGGGAGUUCGAGCGGCUGAUCCGCAGCUACGAUGAGGAGGUGGUGAAGGAGCUGAUGCCGCUGGUGGUGAACGUGCUGGAGAACCUGGACGCGGUGUUGACGGAGAACCAGGAGCACGAAGUGGAGCUGGAGCUGCUGAAGGAGGACAACGAGCAGCUCAUCACCCAGUACGAGCGGGAGAAGGCGCUGAGGAAGCAGGCUGAGGAGGUGAGUGACCCCCGGGGGCCCUACCCCACAUCAUCCUCACCACACCUGAAUCCUCCACAGUCAUCCGGAUUCAUGUGACUCAUGUUUGGGCCUGUGACAUGAUAGUGGCAGGAUGAUUCUGGGCCUCAGUGCUGCUGACACACGAUCAACCCAGAUUUAAAGGGAUAUUCCGACGUAAAAUUAAUUAAGGGUCUUUCUUCUCUAGUUAUACCAACUUUAGUAACGACCGCAGGAUAGAAAUACACAGCGGUCUGAGGAGCCAUAAACAAACCUCAACCAAAACGCCACUCUAUAGCCACAAAUAAUGCAAGACCUCAGGCCAGUCCAUUACGGACUACAGCGGGGUGCCGCAGCUCAAGGAAGAACAUUUAUGAUCAUUUCUUCAUGGAAAUACAAUCAGACCGAGACGCUAAGACAGAAGAACUACAGCGUCUGUAAAAUGAUUAAUAUGGUGAUUAUUACUUCAAGGAAAUGGGGCGGUAGAGCAGUCAGCCAAUAACUGGAAGGUUGGCGGUUUGAUUCCCCCUAUCCCGAGUCUGUCUGUUGGGUCCUUGCUCCUAGUGUGUGUCCUCCACUGGUGUGUGAUUGUGAGUGUUGUGUGGUGGUGGUCAGUGAGGCCGUAUGUGCAAACUGGCAGCCAUGUUUCCAUCAGUCUGCCCCAGGGCAGGUGUGACUACUCAGGUAGUUUACCAUCAGGGUACGACAGUGUGAGCGGAUGAAUGAUGUUUCCAAGUGCUUUGAGGUCACUGACAAAAAGCGCUUUAAAAUCUGAUGCAUAAUUAUUAUUAUAUGUUCUUCCUUGAGCUGCGGCACCCCGCUGUAGUCUGUAAUGGACUGGCCUGAGGUCUCUCUACAAACAAGUGGCUGCUUUAGUGUCUCUUUGCUAAAGAAAUGAGUCAAAGUUAAAAAGAUGUUUGGUGUCUAGUACUAUGUCUGUGACCCUAUAUGUCCUGUUGAUGAAGUUAGGUGCUGUUCUGAGCAUUAUUUGUGGCUAUAGAGUGGCGUUUUGGUUGGGGGCGUGGCUCUCUGCAUUACUGUCCUGCGGUCAUUACUAAUUACAAAAUUAAUUUUACGUCAGAAUAUCCCUUUAAGGAAAUCUAGACUAAACAUGUUGAUUCAUCCUUUUUUACCGGGCAGGUAAGUUCAGGUGUGAAGGGGAGAGUCCUGCAGAAAGGAGAGUCUUUAUUUAGAACCUCCUAGUUUGAGGAACGGUGAAAUCUUCUAACAUUAAAGUUUCACUCUCUCAUAAACAUCAUCUUAAUAAGUGCUCACACAAAUAUGUGGACCCUGAAUGCAUCACGCUGCACAACAUAACACCACCUGAGACACCUGAUCCAUCCACACACACAAACCAGUGCAGCUGACAUUUACACACAAUAAGCUCAGAGCUGUGUUUGUGUCGCCUGUUUCCAGGUGAAGAUGAUACCUGUGACCGUGUGGAGCAUGACUGUGGAGGAUGGGUUUAGUGUGUCCGAGGUCAUGUGUUCGUAGGAAUGUGUCUGUAGUGUCUGUAGUUCUGGUUUAUACGGAGUCAACAUGAACAAAGUCUGGACUCGUAUACGCUCAGCUUCAGACAGACGGCGUUUAGUUCAUGUUUUCACACUUACACAUGAAAUAUAAAGAUGACAGCAUGAGGCAACAACAGCUGUUCAUCGUUAUAUUCAGGGUGAAGUCUCUUUCUGAGCUGCAGAGACGAAUGUCUGAAAAUGCUGUGAGGAGAAACCAGACGACUGACUGAAGAAACAGACAGACUUAACUUUCUUUAAACUAGGGCUGAGCGAUGAAACGAUUACGAUAUAUUUUUCAAAAAAUUAAUAUAAAACAUGAUCAAUAAGCUUUUCAAUAGUCGGCAUUCUGCCAUGCUUUGAUCGAUUAUACCAAUAGUCGGGCUGCGGCGGUAUGCUUUUCUCCCAAUUUGAUUCCUCUACGAUUUUUUUAUGCCGAUUUGAUUUAAAUUGCGAUUCUACGAUAUUGUUGAUUUUCUCAAUAUUUAUUCUGCAUUUUUAACUCCAGUGAAUCAGUCGAAUGAUUAUGAUUGUCUACUGACUGUUUCAGGAACCAUAUUUCCACAAUAAAUACACGUCACAUGUGAGUCAGUUUUUAAGAUUUAUUCUUAACCCUUUAAAGCCUUUUGAAUCAUGUUUGAUAAACUUCUAUCAAAUCAAUAUUAUCAACAAAUUACAGAAAAACACCUGAAUACAUGAAAAACACCUGAAUACUAAAAUCGAUUUAAAAAUUGUAAAACAAAAAGUCACGGUACCGAAGUGAAUCGACUUUUUCUCCCACCCCUAAUGAACAGCCAAUGAAAAGGGGAGUUUCUCCAGGUCCACUUCGCUCUGAACCAAUCAUGUUCUGAAUUAGAACCAAGUAUCAAACAGCUGCGUCGUAGCAGACAGCAGCUACACCCAACCAUAGCACUUUAACAGGUGAAGAGACACACAGACCUCACAGAUGCAGGAGAUUAUUGUGUUGGAAAAGACAUGAGACCAAUAAACACUGUUAGAUUUUUAUAUCGUGAUAUUGAUCGAUAUCAGCUGAUAUGGAAAACAAAUAUAUCCUGAUAAACUUUUUCCCAGAUCUCCCAGCCCUACUUUAAACCCUGAUGAUAUAUUUGAGUGUUCAGAGAUCUAGUAUUAUCAGUCUUGUAUCAAUAACAGCUGAUAUGACAGUGUUGCAUAUUUAACUGUAUUGGCUCGUAAACAGACAGCAGACAUGUUUUCUGACGGUGUUUCUAAGAGGACCGAUCUCCACCUUCAGCGCUCUGCUGUCAUUCCUGGGCAGACACACGGAUCAGCUGACGUCUGAUAUUCAAAUCUAUGAUCAGAUAAUAUUCAAACACAGACAGACAGACAGACAGACAGACAGACAGACAGACAGACAGACAGACAGACAGGGAGGACGUGAUAAUAACGUAGUUUAUGCAGAAACUGUCAGAGAGGCUCUGAGGGCGUUUUCAGAAACAGGAACACAGACGACGACAAAAGUGGACAUCAAUAUGGAGCGAUCAGAUUACAGCUGAACAACUCCUCCUCCAGGAAAUCUGUUUUUCUUCUCUCUCUCUCUCUCUCUCCCUCUCUCUCUCUCUCUCUCUCUCUCUCUCUCUCUGACAGCACGGAGCAUCUUUAAUCCUCCUUCCUUCCCUCCAUCCUCAGAGGCCUCAGAGUAUCACUGUCAGCCCUGCUGCUAUCAGCUUAGCUCAGCUUUUAGUCCGUUUCAUCGUCUCUCUCUCCGCUGUGUUCCCUCCUCGUCUCGGUUAUCUAGUUUUUUAUUUCAUGUAAGCCGUUCAGUUACAGAGGGCGGUGUGGUUCAUUUUUAAAGAUCCGUGUUAGUCUGUUUAAUCGGCUUUAAAUAUCAGGAGAGGAAAAACUUCAGUGAGCAUCAACAGAGUUUUUUUUUUCACUCAUGAUGCCGACAGGUCCGGGUGUUUGUUAUUCUAAAACAACAUCAGCAAACAUCACCGAGACGGUUUACAGCAGAGGAGCAGCUGCAGAUAAAGAACAUCUUCUUUAAAGCUCCUGUCAGGAACUUUCUGUUUGGGAGGAUUUUGGCGCCCCCUGUGGAGAAAACAGGACAAACAUCAUUAAGCUCAUGCUUCAAACUGAGACUGUGUUAAAAAUCAGACUGUGACGCUCCUAAUAUUCACAACUGCUGAAACGUUUGUCCGUUAAAAAACUGCAGGAUUACACAAUUUUAAUUAUGAUUAAGAGCAGAGCCAUCUUUCUGUCCACAGGGGGCGCUAAAGCUGACACAAACAGAGCUAAAAGACAGUCAAACAGAAGUAAAGUUAGAUGAGCUGAUGCAGACUUUGAAACAGUCGUUCAGAGAGGAAGUGACUGAAGCGUAAAUUAUACUUUAACUUCAGCGAGGCGACAAAUCUGAGCGACACAAAAACAGACGGUUUAUUCUGAGUGUAUCAGAGGGGGAGGGGAAUCAAUGGAGAUCAAUAAACACUGAGGACGUCUCGACUGACACUGUAACCUGAUUUUUCCUGAUUUUGAGCAGAGACAGAUGAACAAAAACAGAGAGGGAGAAACAGGCGCAGGUUUGGGAAGAUGGCGAGUUAGUGUGCAGAGCGGGUCGAGGACGAUGACGGCGAGAAAACGGAGCAGGAGGAGAAAAAAACCACAACGCUGCUUCUCUCACAGGACAGAGAGAGAGCAGAGGAUCAGGUUACAAGGUUAUUAGGCUAAAAAAAAAACACCGCUCCCUGUCUGCGUCUGCGUCUGCGUCUGCGUCUGCGUCUGCAGGCCUCACACACAUCCAGGACCUGAGUUUGUUAACGGCUGCAGUCAUCUGCUGGUUUUGUAUCUGUUACUGUGCUGAGUUCACACUCAGAGGUGAUAAUUGGUAAAGAUUUAUCUUCACUGCUCCUCCAGAGACUUGUUAUCACCUCUCAACAUGAAACCUGAAGUUUUUCUCCUGCAUGUCGUCUGAUUUCAUCCUCAGCUCAGUCGAUAGUGAAGCUGCUCUGUGCGUUAUUAUUUGAUCAGGAUUUCUUUUACUUAAACUCUGCAAAAGUCUGAAAUUAUUGCAGUAAAAUAAAGAUAUGACAUAAAGAAGCUGAGAUGAUGAAGUGGUGAGGGUUCAGAGCUGAACGAGUGUUACAGACUCAGAGAUGAUGAAACCAUGAAGAGCAGCAGACAGAAACUCUGAGUUUGGUCUCUGUCAUAUUUCUGCAGUUAUCACACAGGACUGAACUCUGUCAGCACUUUGUUCCCUCUUACAGAGCAGACCUGCAGCACGCUGUGAAAACUUGGAGAGGGACUACGUCGCAGUCAGAUGCUGCAGUAUUAUGGUGCACUUUGAUCCCAAACGCUCUGCAGAGCGAGGAGGUUUAGGUGCUGGAUUUAAGUUAAAGUAGAGGAUAUAAGACCGAUCAGGAUCAGGCCUCACUGUGGAGCAGGAUGGAGGAUGUUUUUACACGUAACUCUGCAUGAACAGAAAACAGAAGGAGAGUUUCUCAUUUCAGCUCCAGAAAAAAACACCUGGAGAUGUUUCAGAGUGAAGAGUGAGGACUCCUGUGGUUCCUCCGGGUUUAUGUUGUUUCAUAUACAUCAGUACAGGCUGAAUCUCAUCAGGAGUUGUUUUAAGUUUUUCUUGAAAACCAGUUUUGUGUUUGAAUUUUUGAUAUGAUUAGGUAUUGAUUUCCAUCCUGUAACGGUUCGAUUGGUGAAAGUUGAUUGAAGUAGUUUGUCACGAUAUCAUCUCAGUGUUUAGUCCAGUUCAGUUCAGGGUCUAAAAUGAAGCCGAGCAGCUUCGCCUCUCUUACCUGUUCCACUUCUUCUCUGGUAAGUAACAGGCUCAGUCCAGGAUCACAGACUCGCACAUGUCUGGAUCCUAAACCGUAUAUUUUGUUUCGUUUAUGUUCAGCACUAGUUUAUUCUCAGUAACCAAUCAGCUGCUGCUGUAAGUUCAAUAUUCAGUGUGUUGUUUAACUCCUUCAGAGUGGAUGCAGCUCUGUACACAGUGGCAUCAUCUUCAUCUUCAUCUUCACACACAACCACAGUAGAUUUAUUUGAUGGUAAAGUCAUCUGUGAAUAUGGAAAAUAAAAGAGGGCCUAAGGAACCUGAAAUAAUCUGCGUGUUCGUCCUUUUCCACGCAGUUAUUCUCUUCUUCUGUGUGACUGUCUGAAGGGUCAACAUCCUGGACUCUGGCUGCAGAGCUCAGUGUUCAACCUCAGGAGAUACGGCUGUGUCUGGACUCGAUCAGGACCGUUUAUUCAGUUUGAACGUUCAUGUUUUACAGGAAGAGUCUCGUUUAUUUGACGUUUUUCUUCAUUUGUGCAUAAAUCAGGAUUGUUGUUCCCCUCAGCUGUGAUCGGGUCCUUCUGCAGGUCCUCGUGUAGUUGGAGCAGCUCGGCCCGCUCACGUAUCUGCUGCAUGUUGGUGUUAGCGUGGUCCGCCUGCAUUCAGAGGAUUAGAGUAUUAGGACUGUGAGGACUUUCUGCACCGAAAAAAGGACGUCAUUGUGAACAGCUUUAUGAGAAAAAACACCCAAACAGGCGGUGAGGAAAGGAAGGAGCUGUGUUUACAAAUACAGGCUCCUCACAGUGUGUGUGAACUCUGCAGCCAGCUGAGGUUCUUAUAAAGAUCCUCUGAUGGAGACAAAGUGUUCGAACUGUAGCAGCCGUGUUACAAUCAUGCCUGUUCAUGACGUUUACUCCUGUUUCUCUCCAUCAGAAAUUCAUUGAAUUUGAAGAUGCUCUGGAGGCCGAGAAGAAGGACCUCCAGGUUCAGGUGGAGUUUCUGGAGCUGCAGGGGAAACAGCUGGAGCUCAAGACGAAGAACUACUCCGACCAGAGUGAGUGAACCGGGACCGUGACACUGCACACCGGGAUGAGGGUCAAAGUCCGAGUCAAAGUCAGGGUCACAGCAGUUAAACAAUCACAACCCGACAUCAGACUGAAUAUUUAAGAAGGAAAGAAACCAAAACACAAGAAAAGUCAUGGAGGAUCUUCACAGAGACAGACCUGGAGUCAGAAACCCUCAUGAUUUUUUUAAAGUAAUAAUUCGCUCCUUAAACUCUUAAACUCUUAAAUCUGUAAAUCCACUUUAAAGAAAUUUAACCAGGAAAAUAGUUUAAAAAAAGGUUCAGGCUGUUUUAGGUCACUCACUCUUCAAACUCGGCUUCUUACGCUGAUAUUUUAUUUUCCAUCAAAAACAAACAGGAAGUCACUCGGCGGAUCAGAAAUGACCGUACUCUGCGUGUUCACCUGCCUCACCUGAUCAUUCCUGCUGUUUGAUUUUCUGUUUCUGUCUCUCAGUCACUCGGCUGGAGGAGCGAGAAUCAGACAUGAAGAAAGAAUACAACGCUCUGCACCAGCGCCACACUGAGGUGAGAGUCCGAACAACACUCACUGUGAGCUGAAUGAUCAUUUUUAAAGACCUGACAGAGGAACCUGCAGAUUCACUUAAACUGUAGAUGUGGCCGUGAGCAUCCACUGACAUCACAGCUUUUUAAACUCUGUGCGUCUGUUUUUAAUGACACUUAUCUCCUGUGGUUGUUUGUUUGACAGAUGAUUCAGACGUACGUAGAGCACAUAGAGCGGUCCAAAAUGCAGCAGGCGGGGAGUAACAGCCAAUCAGACGGCCCUGGCUGUGGACGAACGUGAGUCAUUUCAUGAGUCUGUCUGUGUGUGUGUGUGUGUGUGUGUGUGUGUGUGUGUGUGUGUGUGUGUGUGUGUGUCUGUUUUCUUCCUCACUGUAUUAGAUUAAAACUCUCACCCGUCAUUGUGUUGCUGAUGUUUGUGUUUCGUCCUGAGUGUACCUGACCUCACCUGUGUAGACGUGGUCGACGUUGUGUUGGUGUUUGAUCACGAGUCGUGAUGAACAGCUGAUGCCUCCCACUCACAGAGAGGAGAGGAAGUGUGUGAAAACCCACAGAAAUACGAGACACCGGGGAAAAGAGACGAAAAAUGAGAGUUUAGAGUUUGUGUCUGAGAAACUGACCGAGCACAGGCCCUAUUUUUUAUAUUGUAUAUUUAUUUAUAUCUAUAUUUAAACUUCUCUUUAAAUUUAUAUUGUUUUAAUAUUUAUCAUUUAUAAUUAUAUAAAAUAUUUAUACUUAUUGAUUUUUUUAUUUUAUAUUUUUGAUAUAUUAUUAUUGUUAAUUAUAUAUUUAUAUUUAAAGUUACAAUUUAAUAUUUUUAUUUAUAAUAAUUUAAAAAUUAUAUUAAUUUUUAAUAUUUAUAUUUAUUUUAUAUUUAUAUUUAACAUUUAUAUUUAACAUUAAAAUUUAUAUUUAUAUUUAAUAUUUACAUUAAUAUUCAUAUUUAUAUUUAAUAUUUAUGUUAAUUAUAUAUUUGAUAUUUAGUGUUUAAUUCUUUAUUUUUACAUAGAAAUUUGAUAUUGUAUUUAUUUAACCUUUAUAUUUAUAUUUGUAUCUUACUGUUAUUUUUAUGUAAUAUUUUUGUAUUUAUAAUUAUAAUUAUGUUAUAUUGAUAUUUAUUUUAUGUAAAUAUUUAUUUUACAUUUAUUUUAUAUCUAUGUUUAUAUUUUAUAUUUAUAUUUAUUUAAUAUUUAUAUUUAUAUUUGUAAGCCUAUCGGCCAUCAUGACCACCCAUGUCAUCUAAUGAAACACAUUUCAGGAGAAACGUCUAAACUAAGGUCAGUUAAUCUUUCAACAAAGAACUGGAAAUCCUGGACCCUCUAAAGAGCAGACGGUCCACCAGACUAGUCCUCAGCUCCCGGCCCAAAUCCAGUAUCCCUGAUGGUCUGUAGAUCUUCCUGAACCAGUUUAAAUCCAGUAUCCCUGAUGGUCUGUAGAUCUUCCUGAACCAGUUUAAAUCCAGUAUCCCUGAUGGUCUGUAGAUCUUCCUGAACAGACUCUAAAGUUAAAACCCUGAAUGUCGACGGCGCUCUGAGUUUCUGAGGAUGUUUACAGGAGAGUGUGAAACCAAAAACAGCUGUUUGUGUUUUUGUUUGUUUGUUUUCAUGAGUCACGGCGCAUUUCUGUCUGCUGUCUCUCUCUAAUCGUGUCUGUCUGUCUGUCUGUCUGUGUCUGUCUGUGUCUGUCUGUGUCUGUGCUGGCUUGGUCUCUGUGCUGCUGUUUUUCAGUCAACGCCACACAUGGAGGAAAAGGUAAAUCAAACAUGGUCCCACAGCUGUCCUCCUCCUCUUCCUUUAGCUCCUCCCUUAGCUCCGCCUACAUAUCGGCCUGCUCUGACCUAAAUGUGACCUUAUUCCCCUCCUUGUAUUCUUGUUCUCCAUGAACAAACGUCCCUGUAACUGUCUGCUGUCUCUGCUUGUGAAGAAAUAGAUUUAUGAACGAUGAGACGAGGAAUGAUUCAGACGCAGAUUUCCCAGUUUUCUCCGUCUCUCUUCUCCUCCUCCUCCUCCUCCCUCAUCAGCUCGUUUCUGUCUGUCUGCCUGCUCUGCUUGUCUGCCUCUUUCUGCAGAAAUGAUGUGCAAAGAGGAAACGUUUUAAUAGGUAUUGAUUGUGUCUGCUUUGGGGGAAUAAGGUUUGAUUUCAGCGCUGCAAAAACACAGAAUCAGAGCCGUGCAUGUCCUGUUUUCUGCAGAGAAGCAGAAGUUUGGUGAUUUAAUCUGCAGCCUGUACACACCACUUCAGUCAGUUUGAUCAGCUUCACACUGAAACUCAAUCCUUCUGCUUUGAUUUACUGUAAAGGUUGAACUUAAACUCAGUCACAGUCCUGAGAGGAAAACUCUGAAAGUUUCAGCAGACUAGGUUUAAAGAUAAAACCAGAAACCUCUGACUACUAAAGUGUUGAAAAAGCUGCUUCAUCUCGACACGAAUGAAGAUUAUUUUUAAUUCAGAUCCAGAUUUUAGACUCAGCUGGAUUGUCGGUUGCACUGAUUUGAGCGUCUUUUUCCUGAAAAAUGUCGUCAUCUCCCUUUUUGAAUCUUUACUGCAUCAGUUAAUUAAAUUAAAAGGAAAUCAUAAAAGAAUUAAACGACUGCAGAGACAGAAUAUCCAGGACAGGAUUUACAUGUUUCCAGAAACUCAUGAAUCGUUUCAUCAAAUUCAGCAAAAAGUACAAAAUCUAAAUAAAAUAAUGAUAAAAAUCAGAAAAUUAAUGAUAAUAAAUGUUUUUUUUUUUCAUUUUCUACUGUUAUAAUAUUUAAAACAAACCCAUCAGCUGUUUUUAACUUUGACCAGACUGGAGGUUCAGGUGAAUUCUGCUGUAAAUUCUGACACCCGUCUCCUCGGACCCUCAGCAAACAAACGAAGAAAAUCUUCCUCCUGAAAAAACUUUAUUUAUGUUCGUUUGCAUUUUUGCAUCUUUUGCAUGUGAGGUCAGGACUGAUCCUGGAGGGGCGGGUCAAAUCUGGGUCAUGAGGACUCUUUCUCACCUCCUUCUCCUCUCCUCUCCUCUCCUCUCCUCUCCUCUUCCUCCCCCUUCCUCCUCUUCUUCUGUGUCUUUUCUGCCAGCAGCAAAGCGGAGCGCCCGCCGUCAUUGAGCCUGUACCCGAGCGGCGAGGGCAUGGUACGUGGGGGUCUCGGGGGGGCUAGGAUGGUGCCCGGGAAAGACAUCUGGCAGGUCAGCGAGCUCGGUCGGUCUACCUUCCGCUCCGCCUCUCAGGUGGGACAGACCUCACCUGUCCACCUCCUCCACAACCACAAACGCUGCCCGGGGAGUGGAAAGGGGAGGGGCCAGCCUUGCUGCUGCCCGUCCUGCUAGCCACACCCACACGGACCACCCCCCUCCACGCCUGCUUGUGUCGUUUUUGUGGAGCUUUAAUGUUCACUGUAAUCUCACCUGUAAUCCGGACCCGCCCAGGUUCUGGUGUCGACUCAAGCAGGCAGGGGUCCAUGUUUUCUUUGUGUCGCUCUGUGAUGGUGGAGCUUCUUCCAUGUGUCCUUUUAGUUUGAGCUUUUCUAUGUUCUCGAUGCCACUCAUAUGCUCAGGUGUGACGGCAUGUUCAAACACACGAACACUGUAACGCUCAGAGAAACACGCAGGUAAGAAACACGAGAGGAGCUUAGAGACGGUUAUAGGUACAACAGUGAGGCCGAGUACGGUGGCCCUGAAGGGUAACAGCACAUUCUGAGACGACAAAAACAAAAAUGACUUUACUGUGUGCAGCAAUUCUUUACUAAAAGAUAAAAAUAUUAGAUUUAAAACACCAGAAAUAUUUCAUGAAACAAAAACACACAAAACUCAAAGUGAGCGCACAAAAACAAGUUUACAAAACACAAAAACACAAAAUAUUUAAAAAACAACUUUAAUGAAACGCAGAAGCAUUUUAUAAAAGGGAAAAAAAUUACAAACAGAAAGUGUCAAAAUAUUUCAUGUUAUCUCAGAAUAUUUAAAAACACAUUUUCAUUUUUUUAUGAUUUAUUUAUCAGACAAAGUUUUUUUUUUUUUAGUAAAUUUUUAAUAAUUUGUUUUAUUUAGUAUUUUUUUAAUUUUUCAUGAAAUUUUUGUUUUAAAUAUUUUACCACUCAAUAAAUAGUUUCUCUUUUUUUGAAAUGAUUAAUUUUUUUAUUUUAACAGCAUUUGUUUUUGCAUUUCAUUAUUCGUUCUGCAUUUAGUUAAAUGUUCUCGACAUUCACAGAAAUAUUUUUGCAUUGUAAUUGUUUGUACAUUUGGCCUUCAGGGCCACCGUACCACAGAUGCUGAAAACUGUUUUAAAAAGAAUCAGAGACAAAAAACUCUGAUCCCACGAAAAAAAGUCUUAAAAAUAUUAAAUAUAUUCUUUUAUCUUCUUUCUAAAUGUUCCUCUCUGCAUGUUCUCGGUGGUUUUAUUAUCUAUUUUACUAAAAUUAAAACCUCCUUAUUUUCAGUUUAAAGUGGCCCUAAAGUGAAAAUUUUAAACUCUUUGUCUGAAACUUUUUUUUACGUAGUAAAGUGAAGUCUGCCGGAGUCGCUUUUGAUUUCGUCUUUUGGCGUCACCUCGUCAGCUAAACUGACGAACAGACCUUCCCUCCACGCCAUGACGCUCACGCUUCGCUCUCUCUCCUUCUCCUCAUCAUCCUCUUCCUCUCAUAAACGCCGCUCUGCAUCAGGAGGACGGAUCCGAGUCGGACUCUGUUGCAGCGACGCCGAGCAGCACAGGAAGCAAGUCCAACACGCCCACCUCAUCCGUCCCCUCCGCCACCGUCACCCCCAUCAACGAGGGCUUCCUCCCAGACUUUGACGCCAUGAGGGCCGGGAACCGCAGGAAAAGUGCCAAGAGGCUCAGCAGGAACAUGGAGGUGCAGGUUUCCCAGGAGACCAGGAACGUCAGCAUCGGUAAGAAGGCGCCGAUAAGAGCGUCCAUCGUCAUGGAGACGGUCUCUGUUCAACGUCUCUGUGCUGUUUGCAGGUAUGGGCAGCAGCGACGAGUGGUCCGAGUUUCAGGAGAUCAUCGACUCCACCCCCGAGCUGGACAUGUGUGUGGAUCCCCGAGUGUACGGAGGAGGAAACAGGUGAGACAGACUCAGUCCGGGUUUGAUUUUAUGGACUCAGAGUUACGUCUGAGAACCAAAGAGGCAGAGACUGAAAAAAGGAGAGUUUUCAGGUGUUUACUUUAACACAGGCAGAAAAAAAGGAACUUAACUGAAAAUAGGCUGAAGGCUGUCCGCUCGAGUCCUCGCAGAAAACUGAAGCAGCAGGAGCACACCGAGGAGCAAAACCAAAAAACAAACUUAGCCUCUGAGUUUCCUGGAAAAACUCUCACCAAAAACAGCAAAAAACGUCACAUUAGAACGGUUCGAUAGGAGAAUCAACAGCAUGUAGGACUUUACCGACUGGACAGGAUCACCUCACAGAGCGGCGGAGUCUGGAAACGUCUCAGACUGAGACUGAGAGCAGGUGUGUCGCUGCUGCAGCUCCAAGAGGGAGAGCUCACCAACCAACCAGCUGCACCAACCUCCUCAAAUACUGAGGGAGGAAAAACAGAACAAACAGACAAACAAACAAACAAGAAAGAAAGAAACAAACAAACAAACAAACAAGAAACAAACAAACAAGAAAGAAACAAACAAACAAACAAACAAGGAAGAAACAAACAAACAAACAAACAAACAAGGAAGAAAGAAAGAAAGAAACAAACAAACAAACAAGGAAGAAAGAAAGAAACAAACAAACAAACAAGAAACAAACAAGAAACAAACAGACAAACAAACAAACAAACAAACAAGAAACAAACAAACAAACAAGAAACAAACAAACAAGAAACAAACAAACAAGGAAGAAAGAAACAAACAAACAAACAAACAAACAAGAAACAAACAAACAAACAAACAAGAAACAAACAAACAAACAAGAAAGAAACAAACAAGAAACAAACAAGAAAGAAAGAAAGAAAGAAACAAACAAACAAACAAGAAACAAACAGACAAACAAACAAACAAACAAACAAGAAACAAACAAACAAGAAACAAACAAACAAACAAACAAGAAACAAACAAACAAACAAGAAACAAACAAACAAGAAAGAAACAAACAAGAAACAAACAAGAAAGAAAGAAAGAAACAAACAAACAAACAAACAAACAUGGAAGAAAGAAAGAAAGAAACAAACAAACAAACAAGAAACAAACAAACAAACAAGGAAGAAAGAAACAAACAAACAAACAAGGAAGAAACAAACAAACAAACAAACAAGAAACAAACAAGAAACAAACAAACAAACAAGAAACAAACAAACGAAACAAACAAACAAACAAACAAACAAGGAAGAAAGAAACAAACAAACAAACAAACAAGAAACAAACAAACAAACAAACAAGAAAGAAACAAACAAACAAACAAACAAACAGAAAAGAAACAAACGUCCAGAUCACAACACUCAGAAUAAAGUAAAAAAUCAUCUUCAGAGUUCAUGAAAACAGACCAGAGCGAGUGAAGCAGGUAAAAAAGGACAAAAACCUCAGAGCAGAGAGUUGAUCUGAUUCUGAUUAUUAUGGUGCACAUAGCUGUUUGGAUUAAUUUGUGGUCAGAUUAAUUAUUCCUGUAAUCUCUCUGAUGAAGGAGUUUUAAUUUUCAUAUUUUAUUUCAUUCAGUUCAUAAUUAAAACAUUUAAUCAAAGGAGCAGAAAGAAGAAAAACUCUGAUAGAGUCUGAACCUCUUUAUAUUCAUAAACAGAAUAAUCAAAAUAAAGAAAAGCUGCAGACAAACACGACUUUUUAUUAUUUCUGAUUAUCAAAAACAAAUUAUUCCACAUUUUUACACUAAACAAACAGACACAGACAUGUUUGAACAUAUUUCUCUGUUUUUACUCGACAGACUGACUUUUUAAAAACUUUGUUAAAGAUCAAAUUUGAUUUUAUCUUCUUUAUCUUCUUUAGUUUCUUUGUUCAGAUUGUUCCUCAAACUUCCUCCUCUCUCUGUAACUCGGCGCUCCGUCACUUUAGUUCUUAAUCUUUUUAAAUAUUUCUGAUCAUUUUAAAUUAUAAAAAACUUUCUCAGAUUUUCAGUUUUAUUGAGUCUGAAUAAUCCGCGUCAUGAUGGAGGACGGUUUCAGUUCCACUGCGUUAAAGUUGUGAUUGAAUGAAUUCACCCUUCAUGAUUUCUCAGCCCCUCUCAGGGCAUCGUGAACGAGGCCUUCGGCAUCAACACGGACUCUCUCUACCACGAGAUCAAAGACGCCAAGUCGGACAUCAUAGGAGACGUGGACGCCGGCGCCGAGCUGCUGGGUAAGAGUGGGACCUAAAACCUGGUCGUAUCUCUCUAAAGCAGAGCAGUCGAGUUAAACGGAGACGGUGUCCUCCUGAGGUGAUCGCUGCUCACCUUCAGGUCCAAAGACGGGGAGGACAAAUGCAUGUGUGUGUGUGUGUGUGUGUGCGUGCGCUAACAGUGUGAGUGUGUGAGCGGGCGGCUGCACCGACCCCGACUGUUUGCAUGGCUGAAGCAGAAAAACACUCCAUGCCAGCAGCUCAUCACCGCUCCUGGAGAACGUCCAGGAGCUCAUUGGCUGAUCCCUCAAACCUCACCUGUCCGCUCACGUAGUAACUCUGAGUUUAUCGUUUUAGACGUUUAUUUAUCCAAACCUCUGAGGGAGUUUGACUCACUUUAACGAUUAUUUCUGCACUCUGAGGAUCUUCAUAUUGGAGUCAGAUCUUUUUGUUUCAGGUCUGUUUUCUAUCAGAGCAGGAAGUUCUUCUUCUUCUUGUCCGUUUGUUAACCUCUCACCCGUUUUUCUUUUUCCCCUUUAUGUGCUUCUGCUGGUGACACCCAUAGGCGAGUUCUCAGGUGUGUAUCUGAGCAUGCAUUUGUUUUUUCUGUUACUCAGUCCACUCCUCUUUGACUCUCCAAACACUUCAACAAAAAAAACACCAACUGGAGCUUUAAAUGAAGGAAAACUCACAGAAAUCAGAGUUUAAUGAACAACCUGGAGACUGUCAGAGUUUAAGAAGGUUUGUGAUUUAGAGACUUAUUUAAUAGAAAACAGGACAGAUCAAAAACUGGAAUAUAAGAAUAUUUUUGUUUUAUGAAAAAAUAAAUAAAUACGGAAAAUAAAAUCAUUUAAAUAGAAACUAAAGAAACCCUGAAAUUAAGGUGGUCCUGAUCUUCAGGGCGAUAAAAACAGACUCUGGAUCCUCAGUUUUAAAGAGUAGAAGGUCCACCGUUACCCCUGAUGGUCUGGGGAUCAUCAGAGUCCAGGUCGUCUGUGAAGGCUCCAUUAGUGCUGAACUAGAUCUCCAGGUUCAGGAGCAUCAGGACUCUGGAGUUGGAGUCACUGCAUGAAUCGAUAUCCAACUCUUUUCUGGAAAGGACAUCUGGGCUUAGUUGAGACGUUUCGCCUAAAGCUGAACGUCUCAACAAAGUCCAGAUGUCCUUUCAACGAGGAACUAGAAAACAUAGAUGCUGCAUCCUCAGUUUUAAACAACAUCUCCAGGUUUAGGAGGAACAUCUGCGUCCAUCCAGACAUUCUGACAGCAGGGAUUACACUCUCAGACUCCAGAACCUGGUCUGCUGGACUCACUAAGGUCUACAGGAUGAGGAUCAUGAACCUAAAACCUCUUUUUAGAAACACGAGGCUGAAAUCAGAUUAAAUUCUUCAUAAAACAAAAAUAUUUGACAGUUUCUUCAUCUGAUCUGUGAACUUUGCUGAAAACCAUCCAGAGUCUCCUCUGAGGUCGUUCCUCUCCAUCAGAACCUUCAAAACUAAAAACUUUAUUUAAUUUCUAAUUAAAUCUUUUAGAUCUUCAGUGAUUUUAAAACUAAAUCCUCCCUGAUAGAUAGAUUAGUAGAAACUGUUUUUCUCUCCUUAAAGAUUCUUUAUAAUUAAUCUUCUUUAUUUUAGUUUAGAGAGAAAAACCUAAAAAAGUGUCUCUGGGACUUUUGAACCGUUAGGAUGAUAUUAAAGUCCUUUCAGCGCCAAAAGCAGCUUCUGCUCCUCCUCAGACUUACAGAAGUAAAAGCUUGUCAGCGUUGUCUCUCUCCUCUCUCCUCCUCUUCUCUGUCUCCUUGUUUCCUCUCCUUCUUCCUCUUCUUCUUCUUCUUUUGCCUCCAGUCCGUGAUGAUUUCUUCGGUAAGGCUCCUUGCCGACCCUCAUGGUCACGUUUGCUCGUCAUGUCAUUCCCUGACCUCCAGCUUUCACCUCCUCUUUGUGUUUGCUUCCUUCAGUUUCACCUCCUCACUCUUGUUUUUUAUCCUGAUCAUGAAGAGACUGAAAUGAUCUCAAACAAACACUCCUGGAGAAAAACCAUCAAAGUGAAUGAGAGUCGAACACGCCGUCAGCUGGUCUCCAGAAACUGUUUGUUUUAUUUCAGUGAAGUCAUUAAAUUAACGUUUAAUAUCUUUAACAAACGCAGAGAUCAGAAACUCACAGUGUUUACAAAGAUGACGUCGAGGAAAUGAGUGAAGAAAUUAUUUAAAACAGUCCUCCUCCUCCUCCUCCCUGAUGUUUCAGACCAGAGACUGUAUAUGUGAUUAUAUUAUAUUAUAUAUAUGUUUAUAUAUUAUAUAUUCUAUAUCCAGUCUGUGUCUGAGACCAUAGACUGUAUAUGUGAUUAUAUUAUAUUAUAUAUAUAUGUUUAUAUAUUAUAUAUUCUAUGUCCAGUCUGUGUCUGAGACGGUCUGUGUUUCUGGUUCGUGUUUGUUUCCCUCCCUUUUGCUCACGUUUGUGUGCUUGGCUGCUUUGCAAAGUUGCUUCCUGCUGCAUGAACGGUUUUCAGUGACUCAGCAAUAAUGAAGGUUUAACAUGAAAAACCUGAACGUGAACUAAAGUCUCAGAAAAAUCUACUCUGGACUCUGAGUAAAUCCGUCUGAACAGUGUGAACGUGUUCACCUGAACUUUACUCCUAAAGACGUUCAGUUUUUAACACUUUAACACGGUUCAGGUUCAUUCUGUCCAAAAUUAACAUCUAACAACAGAGUCUCCUGGUCCUGGUCCUGGUCCUGGUCCUGGUCCCGGUCCUGGUCCAGAUAGAGAGCCUCCGUGAUCCAAGCUCAGAAAUUCGAUCCAGUCUUGUUAAAUUUGAUCGCUGAGGGUCGAUACGAUCGAGUGGAUUAUGUUCUUAUAUAGAUAUAUGUAGAUGUACUGCUUAGUCCACAGGGGGGCGCCACAUAGUCCCUCAGAGGGGGGUAUCAUACUUUUCCACAUUUACAACAAAAACUGCAAAGUUACAAACGAGGAGGUAAAAGUUUGUUUGUCUGUGAUCUUCGAAGUCUAGAGUCUGAGAGAAAGACUAGAUUCCUCCUCUUUAAAGACAGAGUCUCAUAUUUAAAACCUUUAAUUCUAACCUGAUGUGAACCCUCCAGAACCUGAUCCAUCACUCAGUCCUCUUCAGGUUUAUUUUUCUAUAAACCGCAGAGUUCCUCUCGGUGUUUAUCGGGUUAAUGGGUGACGGUGGAGGAGGGUGGAGGACGGUGUGUGUGUUCUGUGUGUGGAGAGUAACUCAGACGUGUCUGUGGAUGUUUCAGGGAUGGGGAAGGAGGUGGAGAACCUGCUGACGGAGAACAAACAGCUCCUGGAGACCAAGUAAGAGCUGUUGUUCAUGUCUUUGUUUCUCCUCGGAGCUGCAGACAGAUUCAGGUUUUCAUGUUGGACAGACGUCUGAAGGAUCUACUGACGUCUCUUUCUUUUCCGUGACAGAAACGCUCUGAACAUCGUGAAGAACGACCUCAUCGCCAAAGUGGACGAGCUGUCGGGGGAGCAGGAGGUGCUGAGGGAGGAGCUGGAGGCCGUGAGGCAGUCCAAGAACAAGGUGGACGCCCGAGUCAAGGAGCUGGAGGAGGAACUCAAGAGGUGAAGUUCCAGACUCUGAUGUUUUUAUUGGGAUGAAUCUUAAACUAAAGAAACUGAAUCGUCUCUCAGGAGGAACGUGGAGGUGUGAGGAGGUCAUGAACUUCCUCCUCAGGUGAAUCAGUCGGUUUGUUUUUGUGUCUCAGGUUACGAGCCGAAGCUCUCGGUGCGUCUCGGGACUCAAAGGACGAAGGCGGCGAUGAUGUGAGUGAAACGACGUGUUUUUAUGGAGUUUUCAUCGUUUAUUCUCCGUCUGGUUAACUCGCUCUCUUCUGCCCUCAGUUCUCGUCUCCCAUGCAGGACGGCGACAUGACGAUGACGCAGCGGCGGCGUUUCACGCGGGUGGAGAUGGCACGCGUUCUGAUGGAGAGGAAUCAGUACAAAGAGAGGCUGAUGGAGCUGCAGGAGGCGGUGCGGUGGACGGAGAUGAUCAGGUAGAUGGUGGGGAUGGGGACUGGUUUCAGAGAAGUUCUGGAGAUGUUCUGGUCUUCUCCGACCUUCACUCGCUCCUUCCUGUCUCCUCAGGGCGUCCCGGGAGAGUCCUCCGAUCCAGGAGAAGAAGAAGUCCACCAUCUGGCAGUUGUAAGUUUCUCCUCUCCUGCAGGUUUCCUCUAAAAUCUCUCUGAUGACUGAGUCCUUCAAUCUUCUCCUCUCCUCCUCCUCCUCCUCCAGCUUCGCUCGUCUCUUCAGCUCCUCCUCCAGCCCUCCGCCCGUCAAACGGCCGUACUACAGCGUCAACAUCCACUACAAGUCACCCUCGCCGGCCGGUUUCUCUCAGCGCCGCAGCCACACCAUGUGUCAGAUCUCCACCUCCAACCGGACGCUGGAGUUCUUCCCUGAAGAGUGAGCAGAGACCUUCACUAAACACACACACCACACCUGAGACCUGCUCUCACCUGGUCUCACCUGGUCUUACCUGGUCUUACCUGGUCUUACCUGGUCUCACCUGGUCUCACCGGGUCUCACCUGGUCUCACCUGGUCUUAACUGGUCUCACCUGGUCUCACCUGGUCUCACCAGGUCUCACCUGGUCUUACCGGGUCUCACCUGGUCUCACCGGGUCUCACCUGGUCUCACCUGGUCUCACCGGGUCUCACCUGGUCUCAUAGGGUCUCACCUGGUCUCACCUGGUCUCACCUAGUCUCACCGGGUCUCACCUGGUCUCACCUGGUCUCACCUGGUCUUACCGGGUCUCACCUGGUCUCACCGGGUCUCACCUGGUCUCACCUGGUCUCACCUGGUCUCACCGGGUCUCACCUGGUCUUACCGGGUCUCACCUGGUCUCACCUGGUCUCACCUGGUCUUACCUGGUCUCACCUGGUCUCACCUGCUCUCACCGGGUCUCACCUGGUCUCACCUGGUCUCACCUGGUCUUACCUGGUCUCACCUGGUCUCACCGGGUCUCACCUGGUCUCACCGGGUCUCACCUGGUCUCACCUGGUCUCACCGGGUCUUACCUGGUCUUACCUGGUCUCACCUGGUCUCACCUGGUCUCACCGGGUCUCACCUGGUCUCACCUGGUCUCACCUGGUCUCACCUGGUCUCACCUGGUCUCACCGGGUCUCACCUGGUCUCACCGGGUCUCACCAGGUCUCACCUGGUCUCACCUGCUCUCACCUGGUCUCACCUGGUCUCACCUGGUCUCACCGGGUCUCACCUGCACUUCCCUGGUCUCACCUGGUCUCACCUGGUCUCACCGGGUCUCACCUGGUCUCACCUUGUCUUACCUGGUCUCACCGGGUCUCACCUGGUCUCACCUGGUCUCACCUGGUGUUACCUGGUCUCACCUGGUCUCACCUGGUCUCACCGGGUCUCAUAAUCCGCUCUGAGCGCCUGCCGUGUUGCUCGCUCGCUCGCUGGCUUGCAGCAGCUUCAGAGGUUCACGCUCUCGGCUGGUUCUUGGAGGAUCUGGUCUUUCUAACCUCUAACAGGACUGGAUGGUAUCUUGUGUGUUUGCCGUCAGUCUGUCUGUCUAGGUUAAUCCAGAGUCCCCGCCCCCUUCCUCUCCGGUCUUCACAGAGUUUAUAACCUGCAGAUAAAAACUCUCUCAGGUUUAGUUCUGAUGAUGUUUGAUCUUGGUUUUCAUAGAGAGGAAGGAUCUUCUCAUGAGUUUCAGACUUUAGAUGGUCUGGACUUGGACCUGGAUCACCUGCUGCAGCUUUCUCUCCUCCUCUUCCUCUUCCUCUUCUUCUUCAUCAUCUUCUUCUUCUCUCGCUGUUGGCUGGCUCGGCUGCUAAUGCUUCGCUCUUCCUCUCUUCCUCCCUCUCUUCUUCCUCCCUCUCUCCCUCCAUCGCUUCCAGACUGGCGAGUAACGGUGUUGCGUCUCUCCUCAGCGACUCUGCGCUCUUGGCCCGCAGAGAGCAGCGGCGUGAACAGUACCGGCAGGUCCGCGAGCACAUGCGCCGCGACGACGGCAUCAUGCAGGCCUGUGGGUGGAGCGUGCCGUCCCGCUUUAAACAGGUGCACACACACACACACACACACACACACACACACACACACACACACACACACACACACACACACACACACACAUCUGAACCUCUAAGUUAAACAGGAAUUCACUGAUGGAUCAAACAUUUCAAAAUAAAAACCUUAAAAGAAUCGAUUUGAUGAGGUCGAGUCUCGUCCAGAGAAGUUUAAAUGUGACGAUGAGGAACAGAAAGAGUUAGUCUGGUUUGUCACUAAAGUUCAUGGACUCACGAGUUUCUUCGUCUCUCAUCAGUUUGUGUUUUUUAUCGUUCUUCUGUAAAUGAGUUUGUUCUUUAAUUCUGAUGAUAUUUGAUGGAGAAGAUGAUCCUGACCGCUCCAGUCUGAAGACGCCCCUCAGUCCUUCAGCUCAGACUCUGAUCAGGUCUGCUGGUUUAUCCUGGAUCUUUAUUAAAGGGAUAUUCUGUCAUAAAUGAAUUUAGGGUCAAACCCACCGUAACACCGAGUUAGACCCCCCCUCCAGAGAUGAAUGUUGUCGACCUCUUUCUUCUCUAGUUAUACCAACUUUAGUAACGACUGCAGGAUAGAAAUACAGAGAGGUCUGAGGAGACAUAAACAAACCUCAACCAGAACUGAGAGUUUGACCCUGAAUUAAUGACAGACUGUCCCUUUAAUGACUGACUGCAGUUAUCGUUAUAGAUGUUCACACAGCGACACUGUUGUGAUUAUAGACCUGGUCGGUGAGAACAUCUAACAUAGACACUCCUCUGAGAUCUGAAGGGAUCAGGUCUUAUCCUGAAGUCUGAACCUGUUUCUCUGAGAGGAGCAGAGACCUCUGAGGUCUUCAGGGGGGUCUGUAGACCUGUAGACUUGUAGACCUGUAGACCGGUCCUCAGACUCUGUGGGGUUCUGCUCAGGUGUGUUGGUUGGUUGGUAGGCAGGCGGCUCUAACUCUGGUCUCCCACAGACUGGAGGUCAGACGGACAGCGCUCAGGACAGCCCGCUGAAGAGACAACAGGCAAGUGAGACCGACAGAGUCCCAGCAUGCACCUUUAACCUUUGACCUCCUCGAACCCAGAACUAAAGAUACUGAAGAAAACAUCCAGAGAAGUCCAGAUCCUGGACUGAGGGAGUCUUUGUUAGACCAGGACCUCUAAAGAUCAGAUCUGACCUGCAUGAAUGAAGGUUUUAUUUUGAAGGCAUGAUUUCUCUGCAGAUGUUCGUCUCAUGACGACAUCUCUGAUUAACUCCUCUGACUGUGUUUCUGCAACCUUUAACCUUUGACCUUUGACCUCUGUCUGUCUCAACCUGCCCGACUCAACCUGUUGAUUUUGUCCUGAUUGACUCAUUUCUACUUUGAAGGAAAAACCCACUCUGAACAUCUCUGAGGAACGUCAGGUCCUCCUCCUCGUUUUCUUAUUUCAGGUCAUAAAACGUUGAUAAACUCGUUUAAACUCAUUGAUCCGAUCGUCUCAAAGUUAACGGUGGUGUUUCCUGCACCGCUGGGAUGAAGUCAAAGAUCAGGAGAAGCUGGAGGAGGAAGAUGAAGAUCUGCAGGAGUGGAUUUUUCCUUCGUGGAUUUUGUCCAAAUUUUGUUAAAUCAGAGAGAAAUCGUUUAAAAAGUCAGAUUUAGUUUCUGAUCCUGAUUUAUCCUGAUAGAACGAUGAACCUUCAGAAGGUCUCAGUCAUGGUGACUCUGGUUCUCUGUGAAGGAGGACCGAUCAGAGCGAAGGUUCAGACUCUGGAGGUUCUGGUUUAUUUUCGUUUCUUUGUUCUUCUCCUGAGCGGUUUUUACUUCUGCCUUUAGACCACCAGUGAGAAGGAGGACAACCGCAUGAAGAACGUCCCCGUCCCCGUUUACUGUCGCCCCCUGGUGGAGAAAGACCCCAACAGGAAGGUGAGAAACAGGAAACAGGAAACAAGCUUUAAGAGACUAAAUUUACCUCAGAGAGGAAGUCCAGCUCUGGUCAAAGUUCCUCCGUCCUGCAGAGAUGAUCGAUGUUCGACCUCAGAGAUGAUUGAUGUUCGACCUCAGAGAUGAUCGAUGUUCGACCUCUCGUCUGUUUGUAGUUGUGGUGCGCAGCAGGAGUCGACCUCACAGGAUGGAGAGCCAUUACCCAGGAGCCUCUGCAGACCAAAGCGCCAUCAGGCAGCGGCGACCCGCUUCAGGCCGAAGAGGACGGAGCGGACAAGAAGAGCCACAGCUCCCCAGAGAAGAGGAAGGUACGAGAACUUCAGAGGAGGUUUGGUGGUGAGGAUGAGUCCUGGAUCCAGAUCUGACUCUCUCCUGUCCCCACAGUCCAAGGAGCUUCAGGAAACCGACACCAUGAGCAGCCGGGUCUGGAUCCUCACCAGCACGCACUCCGCCAGCAAGGUGGUGAUCAUCGACGCCAACCAGCCGGGCUCGCUGGUCGACCAGUUCAACGUCUGCAACGCCCACGUCCUCUGCAUCUCCAGCGUACCAGGUGAGUCAACAAGUCCUGUCCAAACCAGCUCUUCUGGUACCGGUUCUGACCUGUUCCUGGUCCGUACUCAGUGCCCCUGUUUGUGUUUCUGCGUCAGCCGCCAGUGAGAGCGACUAUCCCGCAGGUGAGAUCGUGUUGGAUCCAGGUGACAGAGGAGCAGGUGGAGGCGAGGACACCGGCAGCGUGGAGGGCAUGUUGGCCGGGAUCACCCUGGUGGGCUGCGCCACAAACUGCAGCGUCGCCCGUAGCAACUGCUCCUCACGCACGGACACGCCCAUCAUGGACAAAGGACAAGGUACGUGAACAAAACUCAGAUGUUCUGACGGUCCUCUCCGGGUGGAGGACCGACUUUAGACCAGGUGGAGGGUUUCAGGUCUUGUCUUGGUCUUUUGUUGCUGUAGCUCCGACUGCGCCCCCCAUGAACGGGAAGAUCCACCCCGCUCAGUCAGCCGAGGAGGCCACAGAAGCCACCGAGGUCUCCGAGACCACGACCGGCCACACGGAGCACGGACCCCCGGGACCGUUUACUGAACACGUCUUCACCGACCCCCCACCUCGACCAGCAGACCCCUCAGAGAGGUACGAGGACAGGGACUACCGUAAAUCCUCAAAUAUAUGAGCAAGGUCCUUCUGGGCUGUUACUGCUGAAGGUGUCAGGCCUUCAAAAGAGGCAGAGCGAGUAUCACCAAGUAAUAGAGGACGGCCUCCAGUGGUCAAAGGAGGAACUGCAGCUUCCUCUUACCCCCAAUGUCCACCGAUUCCGGAAUGGCGGCGAUUUUCACCAUCCGUCAAUUCUUACAGACAGCAGUAAUCACGAGAACUCACAAGAUCCCGCAGAUUCACGUUCAAUCACGUGAUAACGAGUUGUCUCUCUAAAGACAGACACAUAGACAUACAAGCAGUAGAUUGUGUCCUUCCAGAGGAGGAAAUCUACUUCUAGACUUCUAGAAUCAGCAUCUCCUCAUCCAUGGUGUCAUCGGGGUGAAAUGACGUCUAAAAACCUUUCACUUGUUCGUCUCCACCCGUUUGCAUGGUGUGAAAUACGAUCCUCCUGAAACACAGAGUGUUUUAUUUUGAAAAGAAGCCAGAUGUUUUAUUUUGUGUCUGUGCCCGACUUCCUUUCCAGCACGGGUUAAUCUGUGCUGAAUUUAUCCGCCAUGCUCCGGCGUCCAGAAAAACUAGAACUCUUGUGAUCAGCUGAGGAGUCCGGCGAUCCGCAGAGGAACGGAAAGAAGUCGGUGUAAAUUGACACGUUAACUUGAAUGGUUACGAUCAGCUACGAUCGGAGGAUACGACCUUUUAGGAGACGAUCAGGAUGAAGGUGGAGGUCGGGGGUCAGUGUAAACUCUUAAUGAGACAAACUGUCUUCGUCCAAUCAGGAGCUCAGGUCAGUCCAAAGAGGAGAACUCUCAGCCUCCAGAGUCGGAGGACGCCGGAGACGAGACCAAGAACUUCACCAGUGUGGCGCCGACCAUGUGGCUCGGAGCGCAGAACGGAUGGUGAGAGCGUCAUAAUAUCUGCACACGCAGUCACUGCCUCGCCGCGCCACAUUAGAGUCACACUAAAGCCUUUGACCUCUUUGACCUCUGCUCUCUCUCUCUCUCUCUCUCUCUCUCUCUCUCUCUCUCUGAAGGCUCUACGUUCACUCGGCCGUGGGAAACUGGAAGAAGUGUCUCCACUCCAUCAAGCUCAAAGACUCGGUGCUCAGCCUGGUGUAAGUGGACUCAGCCGAGGACCUGUAUCUGGGUCUGAGAUCUUUGAUCAAGUGUUUCUCCAUCAGACUCUCUCCCUCUCUCUCUCUCUCUCUCUCUCUCUCUCUCUCUCUCUCUCUCUCUCUCUCUCUCUCUCUCUCUCUCUCUCUCUCUCUCUGUUUUCUCUCUCUCUCUCUCUCUGUUUUCUCUCUCUCUCUCUCUCUCUCUCUCUGUUUUUCUCUCUCUCUCUCUCUCUCUCUCUCUCUCUGUUUUCUCUCUCUCUCUCUCUCUCUCUCUCUCUCUCUCUCUCUCUCUCUCUCUCUCUCUCUCUCUCUCUCUCUCUCUCUCUCUCUCUCUCUCUCUCUCUCUCUCUCUCUCUCUCUCUCUCUCUCUCUGUCUCUCUCUCUCUCUCUCUCUCUCUCUCUCUCUCUCUCUCUCUCCCUCUCUCUCUCUCUGUUUUCUCUCUCUCUCUCUCUCUCUCUCUCUCUCUCUCUCUCUCUCUCUCUCUGACUGCAGGCACGUCAAAGGUCGAGUGCUGGUCGCCCUCGCCGACGGGACCCUCGCCAUCUUCCACAGAGCAGAGGGUGAGUGAUGGUUCCUGUGAUGAGCGGAGAUGUUGAGGAGCUCUCCUGAAGGUCAAACUUCUUCUUCUUCUGUGUUUGUUGAUCAGACGGUCAGUGGGACUUCUCAAACUACCACCUCAUGGAUCUGGGUCGACCUCAUCACUCCAUCCGCUGCAUGGCCGUGGUCCACGACAAGGUCUGGUGCGGCUACAAGAACAAAAUCCACGUCAUCCAGCCCAAGAGCAUGCAGAUCGAGGCGAGUCACGACCCUGCGGACCAAUCGUGUCCCCGAACAACCAUCGGUUACUGUCCGCCAUCUUUGAAAUGUGAGUUAAAGGUUAAUGUUCUGGUCGUUUUGACGCUCCGCAGAAAUCCUUCGACGCCCACCCCCGCAGGGAGAGUCAGGUACGGCAGCUAGCGUGGAUCGGUGACGGCGUUUGGGUGUCGAUCCGGUUAGACUCGACCCUGCGUCUGUAUCACGCUCACACACACCAGCACCUCCAGGACGUCGACAUCGAGCCCUACGUCAGCAAAAUGUUGGGUGAGCGCCGUCCCUGUCUUCAUGGUCGUGUUUUUAAAGGUUUUUUUCUCGUGGUCAUGGCGUCUCUUUAGACUUGAUUCAGAUUCGUUUUGUUUCUCGCAGGAACUGGAAAGUUGGGCUUCUCCUUCGUGAGGAUCACGGCUCUUCUGAUUGGUGGAAACCGUCUGUGGGUGGGAACAGGAAACGGCGUGAUCAUCUCCAUCCCGCUGACAGAGAGUGAGUCGAUGACACGAACAAACGGGAGACGAGAAAAUCUCAGUUAUUCUAAAGAAAUCAGUGUCUAAAAAAACAACAGAGGUCAAUUUAUUGAUCGGUUAUUGAUUAAUGAUGAACUGACCAAUCAGGACUCUCCAGUCUCCUCUCUGUCCUCCUUUCACCCUGUGAGCUCCUCGUCUUUCUCUCCUGCCUCCUCUCAGCGCUCUCGCUCUUCACUGAGAGUCUCAACUUUAACUCUUCUUCUCUUCUCCUCCUCCUCCUCCUCCUCCUCCUCCUCCUCCUUCUUCUCCUCUUCCUCCUCCUCCUCCACCUCCUCCUCCUCCUGUAGCGGUGGUCCUUCACCGUGGACAGCUCCUUGGUGUGAGGGGUAAGUGGGAGCGCUCUCUCCUCCUCCUCCUCCUCCUCCUCCUCUUUUUUUUGUCCCUCCUUCAGACCUUCACGUCUUCCUGAAGUUUCUUCGUUAAGCGAGUUCAGAGCUCGUCAGGUUCUUCUUAGAGAGUUCGUUAAAUCCUGAACAUGACCUCCAGGAGAUCAGACGAGUUCUCCUCGUGACCUUUUCUUUCUUUUGCAUGAAGGAGAUGUUUUUCAGUUUGUUCUGAGGUCACCUUCGUCUCGUUUCUCAUUUUCAGUUUUUAAAUUGUUGAUUUUCUGUUUCCUGCGUCGUCGUCCUCCUCCUGCUCUGAUUGGUUUAUAACUCUCUGGUUUCUCCUCCCUCAGCCAAUAAGGUGUCUCCAACAUCGUCGGGUGGAGUGAUCCACGUCUACGGAGACGACGGCUCGGAGAAGAGCAGCGGCAGCUUCAUCCCGUACUGCUCCAUGGCUCAGGCUCAGCUCUGUUUCCAUGGACACCGGGACGCCGUCAAGUUCUUCGUCUCUGUACCCGGUAGGUACCGCGCCGACUCGGACCUGGUCCUGAAAAAGACUCAAAUCCUUCAUCAUCACGGCGUUACGACCGAAUAUCUGAUUUACCAUCAGAGAGGAUAAAGUUUAACCUGUGUGUGUGUGUGUGUGUGACAGGAAAUGUCCUCGCCACCCUGAACGGCAGCGUGUUGGACAGUCCGUCAGAGACUCAGGGCUCCACGGCGCCCCAAGAGACGGAGGCCCAGAGUGUCCAAAACGUGCUGGUGCUGAGCGGAGGAGAGGGAUACAUCGACUUCCGUAUCGGUGAGAAAAUCACUGCAGAAACACACACACACGCAGCUGCAGGUCCUCGUGUGUCCACUAGAGGCCGUCUCUGAGCGCUUACACAUGUGGCUUUAAAGAUAACUCUUUUAUUUUUCUGAACCUUCAUCAGAUUUUUGAAAAUCCUGAACAAACUCAAAUGAAAUAAAGCGGCUGUUUAAAUAAAAGUAAAGACUCUGGAGAAGAACUAACUCUCUACGUUCUGUAACACAACUAUAGUCCCAGUACAGAAGCAGAUAUGAUAUAUGGAGGAAUAUAAUAUAUGAUAAUUAUAUGGACUCAUGAACAUGAAUCAUCUAAACGUCUAAAUAUUUGUGUUUAUGUAUUAAAAUUAAAGGAUGUGAUCAGGUUUAGUUCUUUUUUAACCUUCUAGUUGUAAAUCUGUGAGUGCUGCCUCCUGGUGGUCACAAAGACAACUGCAAGACAGAAUCAGUUGCAGUUUUCAUUUUUGACCACUAGAGGGCAUCAAACCUGCAGUGAGCUCACCUGUGUUUCCUCUGGAGGUGAAGCUCACCUGUCCUCCUCUUCCUCCUCUUCCUCCUCUUCCUCCUCAGGUGACGGAGAAGACGAUGAGACCGAGGAGGGCGAGAACAACGGCGGCGGCGGUGCUUCGCAGAUGAAACCUGCACUGUGCAAAGCUGAGCGGAGCCACAUCAUCGUCUGGCAGGUGUCUUACAUACCUGAGUGA